CAAGCGUCGACCAUCGUCGGGAUUGGACGCUUGUGAAAAACCACUUCCACGAGUCCCCGUAUCUCGCGUCUGCCAGUGAACGUUUUUCUUUUUUUUUUUUUUUUUUUUCCUUCGAUCGUUAUGAAUUUUCGAAACGGGAUCGCGACACAGAGGAAUCGAUCGUGACCGUGACGAACAAGAGUAAUAAUUUCUGAUCGGAUUAACGAGGAUAUCGUAUUCGAUGGGGUUUCGAUCGUUUCACCGCGAUCGAAAGCAGUGUCGAAAGUGAACGCUGACGCGAAGGAAGUGGACGAUUCGCGCGAGAUUCGACGAAUAAACGCAGGUGCGAGAUUAAAAUAAAAUGUUGUCGCGGGACUUGUUGACUUUCGCGACUAUGGUGUCGAGUCUAACUGUGGUCGUUGGUGCUUCCGUGGAUCUCGAUUCAGGGGACUACGAGGUGCUCCCCGAUAACGAGGGAAAAUCCGAUGACAACGGUAACGUUACAUUUUGAGUGCAUGAUUUCAUGGGAAAGUCUGGGGAAACGGUCCGUGACACCAGGACGGCUCGAAACGACCGCGUGAACGGGUGUGCACGUGGGUGGCGCCAGACACGAACGACCAAAUCAAUGAAAAUAAUGGAAUUGUCGUUCCGUUGCCGGUCGAAUUUCAAUCGUUAGUAUCGGUACCUGGUCGAUCCAGAGAUUGAGAAUUUUUACACAAUUUUUAUCGAUUGCGUUGUUCCAUUGCAUGUUGUUACACUACAUCUUGAGGCUAAAGUUUAUUGUUACACGUGGCCAGCGCAGCUCGAACGUAUCACCCGCUGGAAUAUCAUUUAUUCUCGAUACGUGUCUUUUCUUCCGGAGGCAUUUUAUCCGUUUGAUUGAACGUGAGCGAUUCGUAUCGAUGCUGGCAUAAUAAAUAAACUCGCGGCAUGUAGCUAAGCUUUAAAACGAGCUUGAUGUCCGAUCGAUGCAAAUCGAUUAAGACGGGGAAUGCAAUUAUUUUCUUCUUCUUCUUCUUCUUUUUUUCUUUCUUUUUUUUUUUUUUUUUCUCCUUUAACCUAAAACGCAGAGAACGGCGCAGUGUAGCAUGUGCGAGGAAUCAUUUUUCUCGUCCUCAAAACUUUUCGACUGGCUGCCACUCGACUUUGACGCCAGAGUAAUAAAAGUCGGGAAACGCCGCUCUCUAAAUUAAGACCACUGAAGUCACUGAAGUACAUUAAUUGGCUCGGCCUUUUCUGCAUGCUCCAUGACACUCGGGAUUCGUAGAAUGGCCCUCGAAAAUUCUGAACGCUUUGUCAAACUGCCUCGAAUUACAAGGUCUGUGAGCACGGCGGACAUCGUUCGAGUACGCGUUCGAAAUUUAUAAUUUGUAAAGCUAAUGAAAGGCUCGAUAGAGGCUCGGGGUUGGUUUUAUCGUUCACGUGGAACGUAACCAAGGGGAAAUGGCAGGGGCAUAGGAUGCGUUGAAUGGUUGGAAUCGUUUAAGCAAGUGUCCCGACGAUAAAAGGGGGAGGGGAAAAAAAAAGUGAAGAUAAGAGGGAAGCAGAUGCAGCCGUGGUGCGGCUACGUCAUACGGCAGCUCAACCACGAUAAUUGCAAAAUUGUACGUUCCCUGAAACGAAAAAGAAACAAAAAAAAAAUAAAGAAAAAAGAUUUACACCAGCAUGCCAUUUUAAAACUCGUUUUUUGUGACGGGCAAGCAACGCGGGGCAAUUAAGGACGCGUGCAAUUUCAACGUUUUAUCACGAUGCACGUAAAGCAAAAGUUACGGAGAAGAAGGGUAGAGUGGAAUGCAGGAAGCGGAUGAAGACGACGAUCGCGACGAAAAUCGAAUCGGAGAAAAGGGAAAACACGACGAGGCUCAACACGGAUCCAGUUGAUUCACGAUAUCGAUCGAUAUCGAUUUGAACUGGCGCCACCUAGGAUGCGCGUCCCGUGGGAUUGGUCGGUGGGGUACGUGGCCAAGCCGUACGAAUUCCGGUCAAACGUGGCGCGCUUGCGAAAUAAUAAAUAUUUAAAUUUUACCGUUCGCACGAUACCGAGUUUAGAAAGACGAUAAAGUAUGUGUCGGGCGCCAGCUAGGCGCGCGGAUAGCGGAGUACAUAAUAUAAUGCCUAUGUGCACGAUACCCACCUUCCGACACGCUUGUCCGCGGGGUCCUCGCUUUACUUACACACCGGUACACAAUCCGCGCGAUUCUUCCUUCACCCGUGCAUCGAGAAACCCCCCCGUUCCUAUGAACUCCUCAAUGUACAAAUAUUGGCCGAAACUUGGCCGCCGUUACGUCAUUACGAAUCUCGGAUCAUUCGGAUAAAAGCGACGUUUAAUUUUCGUUUAAUCUCCCCGAUAACGAGAUACAAGAGUCUCCUUACGUAAUCGUACGAUACAAUAAAUCAUAGAUUAUGCAUUACGUUGCGUUAUUUACGACGGAUUACCUAACAACCUUCGGCUUCGUCCACUUUUUCAAUUCUCGCGCCGGAAGUAGAGAGGAGGAAAUCGAUCUGGCGCAUCCUCCUCUCCGAAUCUUCGCAAGGCUGUUCACGCGUCGCGCACGUACCCGAUCCAUACGUACGGGAUGGGAUCCGGUUCACGGAACCAUUUCACUCUGGCGUUAUAGUUUCUCAGACACGCGGCACAUCGCAUUCUUCGUCCCGGGAAAAAUGCUUCUCCUCCCCCGUCCUCCUCUCACUGUUUCUUGGAUCGCGAAGAAGCCGUUAAUCUAAUGCAUCCGACGAAUCCGAGACCGUUUAUCUACGAGCCGCGUCGAUCCCUCGUUUCGAAGAAGAACGAUCCGUGCGGAAUUUUAUAUUUAUAGUGCACGCAGAUUAGAAAGUUCGUCGCGUUUUCCCGGAAAUCAUUAAACCCAAGAUCGGUUGUUUAGCGUUAGUUGUAGCGUUAGCAGCGACACGCUCGAGAAACUCUAUCGAUCGAUCAAAGUGACAAUGCGUGUCGGUUUUAACGCGUGCAUCCGGCGAGUCGUGUGCAGAAGCAUUUUUUCCAUGUUUUCAAAGGUUGAUUAAAAGAAGAAGGAAAAAAAAAAAAAAAUUACGUAAAUCUCCGAGGUUCGAAUCUCUUAUCUUACAACGAGUUACGGAAUUGUGAUAAUUCUCUUCGUUCGGUACGUGCAGCCGGUUGCAUAUUUAUAGACUAGCGAGGUCGAUUUUACGAUAUGAGUCAUUCGUUUCGAAUCGCAGACGCACAAUUGUCAGUUUUAACAAACUGUUAUCGAACGAUUGUUCGUACGUACGAGAAAGGGUCCAAGAAUCGUCGUUCUUUUACACGCGCGAAUCGACUCAAAUAUUUUUCCUCGCUCCGAGGGGACGAUAAUCGAUCCUGCCUCGAGAAAAAGAACGUUUCCUUCGACUCGAGAAAUCGUUUCUCACGGGCGGAAAUACAAACACGGUUAAACGAAGCGAAGAUAGUCCCAAGAGAAAGAGAAAGAAGAAAGAGAGGAAAAAUACGAGAGAUGUCAAAAAAUUGGAGACGAAACGAAAACGCUCUUGUCUCGAGGGAAGUAACCGCGUCGAAAAAUGCGAGCUCAUCCGCGCGCCGCCGACAAACGUAACGCAUGCACGCACACGCGGGCACAGCCGGUGUUUCACGUGUUCACACUCGGCCGAGUUGCAGCUGGUGUUACGUGCGCUCGUCACACACACACAGGCGAACACAGAAGCGGCACGGUGGCGCCUGUCGGCCACACAAAUGUGCAUGCGUGCGUGACGAGUUUAUACCUCUUUGUCUUGCGCACGUCCACGCGUACGUAAAUACGCGGUUUGCACUUACACACGCGCGCAAACACGCACGCCAAACGCAUUUCGCGCCGCGUCAAAGUGGCCUGGCGAGUGUGUGGGUGCACCAGUGAUCUCGUUUCGUUUUGACAAAGUAUAAGAAGCAUAAGAAUGGAGGAAAUUUCGUUCCUCUCGCGGAACGCUCCGAGAAUAGCGAAAAAUGGAUCGUUUAUUCUCGGCCGACGAAAAUUCGAAAUCGCAAAUUUUCCUUUUACGGCUAUCUUGCUACUUCAUAUAUUCUAGAUAGACGUACGUAUGGACAGAAGUAUACGGAAGUGUUGAUUGUCGUUUACACGUCGAGAUAUUAUUACGCGUGUAGCGUUGCACUCGUAAUCGCAAGAGAACACCCGGACGUGGAUAAAAGUUGAGACAUUUUUCUUGGCGCCCUCGCGCUCCAUACGAACCACCCACGUAUCAACCGCUAUCUGCUUCCGAAUCGGGGCCCAACGAGUUAUUUACAGCCACUUUGCUAUCGUUCCAAUCGUAUGCUUAAAUUAAAUUCGAUCGUGUUGCGGGAAAAGAAGGAAAGAAAAAAAGGAAAUGCUCGAAAGACGAAUUAAUCGGGAAUUCAUUUGUGGGAAAAGGAUGAACUCGAUUGCCGAAGCCUGCGAUUUAUUAAAAAAUAAUAAUAAUAAUAACUUAAUUGGAAUCAACGCAUUUAUCUUUCUAUAUAUUUAUAAAUCUGAAAUGUCAACGAGAAGGAGGAGAAAGUUUUAUUCGUGAAACGCUUAAUUUAUGUGCGAGCGUGCACGAUAAUUCGUUCACUCGUUUUUAUUUAUUUAUUUAUUCUUUUUUCAUUCGAUUCUUCCGUUAUUAAUUAAAUGUAAGGAGAGAUUAAUCACGUUAGAUCAGUUAGAGGUGAUAGUUUCGAUUCGACGUCUUAAUGUCUUUCAUUGCAUUCAAUGCAAAAGAACGAGAGAGUUUAUUCUCGCGAAUAAAACUUUUGACUCGUGGGACGGGUGAAAAAUGCGUUAGCAUAUUUCGUUACUCUCUUCCUCGAACUUGACCUCGUUAGCAGCAAUACGUAAAAAUGGUUCUCGUUACCGGCACCGGCAUAUUUACCCUCCAAAAAUUUACAUCAUUCGUCAAGUCGUCGGGAACGCACAACGUGAGACGACGUAUUCCAACGAUGUUACGACGAAUAAUCGCGCGUUUUAAUAUCUUUCUCGUCGAACUUCAUCCGUUAAAUUCAGAGGGAUUAAAAAAACUUGGAAACUUUUCGCUUUCGAAGCGUUCUAAUUGAUCUUCGUUUGGGACGGCACACGUGUAGACAUCGGGGAAAAAGAAAAAAAAAAUAGCGACUCGAGGGGGGACGAAUAUAACUUGACUGUUUGAAACCCGUGUCCCGUCCUAUCGACCUUGUUGAAAUUCAAAAAUGGUUGCAAUGCACUCCCGACCGCUCGAUGCACAUGCAUACGAUAAAUAUGCGUCAAACGAUACGCAGCGUGCAUUAUUGCAUCGUGAAAUUCGCAUGAUCGUGUAUUCCGCAUUACCGUAAUAAGCAUACUGAAGUUUACGAGUGGCGUGUAUUAAAAUUUAUGCAAUUGAAAAAAAAAAAAAAGAAAAAAAAGAGACGAGGGAAAAAGCAAGAAAAAACACAGCGUUCGCGCACUCUAUGAUAAUAAACUUCUAUCAUAAAACGUCUACCAGGCGUGGUUAAGCAUCCGAGACGUCACUAGACCGACACGUAAUGAAUAUUUUUUUUUUUUUCUCCUUUUUUCAUCGGUGGCGCCAAACGGCCAUAAAUUCUUCGUUCGUCUCAUCAUAAAUGCAAGACGUAUCGCUGCUUGACUCACUGUCAUACGCCUCGAUCCUCUACGAUCCGAGGCUUAAGGCAACACACUUUAAAUUCAAUCAAAUCCUUCCUGUUCUAUCCUGCCUGAGUAACUUGGAGAUAUCCGUGCGCGAAUAAUACCUCCCCACCCCCUUGCACCAUUCAAUGAUGCAACUUCAAUUCGAUUAUACUUGGAAAAGACUGUCCCGGAAGCUUUCAAUCUUCUGGAAACACCGUCGACCCCAUUACCGGACACUUUUCCUUUCUCCGUCCCGUUCCCGAUCGACGGUCGCUCCUCCACCGAUCCGUUCCUCUCCCUCGGCCGCGCUUCGAAAACGCUUGAUAUUCCGCGAGGGUACUUUCUGAAUUUGAUUUGUCGACGGUACGCGUCGCGCACAAAAGGAUUCCUUGGACGUGGAUGGCGCCUAAGGAGCAAUAUAAUCUCCCUGCUGGUGGAUAUCGAUCGAUCGAAAAUGCAAGGCGGCGCUCAUCGGAUAAUAUCGAUUCGCCGCACAUUCGAGAAGUGAGGUGUUACUGCAAUCAACCAGAAUGCGUACCUCAAGGAUACAUGUGCCGCGGCAAAGGCUGUUUUACAGAAUUACCAUCCAAUGCAAAUCCAUCAUUAUUAAGAGCAGAGCAUAACGCUUAUAGUGGUUGUCUAGAUGAAAACUUCAAAGAACGGCAAUGUCCCACGGGAUAUCUUUGUUGCGAGCAGGAUCUUUGCAAUCACGUAGAUAGUCCAGCCAUGAGAAACAGGCUCAACAAGACUCUUCAAGUGUUGGUGGGUGAUCAGCGACCUUUUCUCGGCCCGGUUCAACCGAUCAAUCAUGGAGGUCAGUCAACAGAUGGAUGGUUCAAGACUGCCACAAUCGCUGUACCGAUUUGCGGUCUAAUCGUUCUACUGAUACUGGCCAGUCUUGCCAUUAGAUUACUUCAGCCUGUACCGACGCAAAGCGACAAACUUGGACCACAUCGGAUGCCCGAUAAUGGACCGCCAUUAUUAGGACCACCAAAAGUGCCUCUUGUUUAAUUAUCUUGCAAUCCCAAAGACGUUCGAUAAAACGGAUAGACAUUAGUAAGACUAAUUAGAAAGCUAGCGGGCUUAUAUAGCUCCACUUGGCUGUGAAUUUUGUGAAAAAGAAGCGACUGCUAUAAAUUAUAACAUUGCGUGUUGUGCAUCGAUAGUUGCAAUUCCUCGAAACGACGAUGAUCGUCAUAAGAUUGAAGAGUGAGAAAAGGCCAAUGAAAUAGGACCUUUGUACAUGACGUUAAUUAAAAAAAGAAAGAAAAAAAAAAAAAAAAGAAAGAAAAAAAAAUGAAAUGCAUGAUAUCGCCUUUAUUAUAGCAUUGUAAAUAGAUUAUGUAUUUUAUAUCGUGUAUUAGAUGAUAUCGCUUAUUUAGGCGGCGUACAAAUUGUAAUGUAAUCGCGAUUUACGAUGUCGUCGAAUUUCCUAGAUCGAAAAAUAGAUCUAGCCGCAAGAUCAUAAUAAUGUUACGAUAUAAUCUCAAGGGAUACACAUAUAAUCCUGCAAUAAGAAAAAAAAAAUAUCUUUUCCAUCGAGGAACAAUAUCGAUAAAAAAUGAAUGAAGAACACAAAGUCUGAUUGUUUUCUUUUUAAUCGUAUAAGAUAUCUUUUUUUGAAAUUCUAUUAUUCUGGUACAUCAUGUACUCAUCAUAUAGUAAUUAUAUUCCAUAUAAAUAUUAUAUUGUGAUAGUAUGACAUAACUCUGUGUAUGAUAAUUAUAUUAUUAAGUAUGUACCACGACAUUGUUUUACAACAUGUGUUACUCAUGAGGGAUAAAUCGAUGCGAAAAUCGACUUAAAAUAUAUUGAAAUAAUUUUUCAGUAA